AUGCCAUCUAUCGACUCGGAGAAGCACGCCGUGGGCCACACCGAUGUCACCAAGGUCGACUCGUCGGCCACGGUGCCACCCGUCCCGUCCAUCACCCCCGAGGAGGACAAGCGUGUCCUCCGCAAGAUUGACUGGCGCUUGCUGCCGCUCAUGUGUACGAUCUACGGCCUUCAAUUCCUCGACAAGACGUCCUUGACGUACGCCAGUGUCAUGGGAUUCCAGUAUGACCUUCGGAUCGGUGUCAACGAGUAUGCGUGGGUUGCGAGUAUCUUCCACUUUGGCUAUCUCGCGGGAGAGUACCCGAUGUGUCUUGCCCUGCACAAGUUCCCCAUCGCCAAGGUCACGUCCCUCAUGAUCAUCAUCUGGGGUUUCAUCCUGUGUAUGAUGACCGUGGGCAAGAACUAUGCUCAUAUGUUGGCUAUUCGAUUCCUUCUUGGCUUCUUCGAAUCAGGCAUUGCCCCGUCGCUGGUCCUCAUCACGGCGCAGUACUACAGGAAGGGAGAGCAGGGUACCCGCGUGGGUAUCUGGGCCUCUUUCAACACCCUCGGCGGAAUCUUUGGCGGCGCGGUUGCCUACGGACUCGCACAGGCCGACGUCAAGCGCACCCUGUCGAUGAAGGGCUGGCGUGUGCUGUUUAUCCUCCUGGGCCUCAUGACCGUCGUCGUCGGUAUCCUCUUCUGGUUCUUCAUCCCCGACAGCCCGGAGAAGGCCAGCUUCCUCCAGAGCGAGGAUGAGAAGCGCGUCCACAAGGCCCGCAUGGCAGAGAACCAGGUUGUCAUGGCCGAGAAGAAGUGGGAAUGGGACCAGGUUUGGGAGUGCUUCCGCGACCCCGUCGUCUACCUGUAUUGUCUCUGCGCGCUGUGUACCAACAUUCCCAACGGAGCGAUUUCAAACUUCUUUGGUAUUCUGGUUGUCAGCAUGGGCUUUACCCCGCACCAGGCCCUCCUCCUGGCCAUUGCCAACGCGUGGCUCGCCUUCCUCAUCAUCUUUGCGCUGUGGGCUGGGGACAGGUGGAAGAAUCGCUGCCUCAUCAGCAUCCCCUGCGCCAUGAUCAGUGUUCUUGGCGCGGCUCUUGUCUGUGGCCUGCCCUUCAACCUAAAGUACGGCCGUUUGGUCGGCAACUAUCUGUCGCUGGCGUUCGCGGUGCCUCUUAUCGUCGGCAUGUCGCUCAUCACGACCAACGUCGGUGGCAGGACCAAGAAGACGACGGUUAAUGCUCUUUUCUUCAUCUUCUUGUGCGUCGGCAACAUUAUCGGCCCUCAGACGUACAAGACGAAAGACGCGCCUCGCUUCGCCCCCGCCUUGCUCACCGUUGUCAUUAUGGACAUUAUCACCGUCGUCAUCAUGGCCGGCAUCUACCUCAUCUACCGCUACCGCAACGCCAAGCGCGACAAGGAGAUGGGCGUUGAGAAGCCGGACCCGAGCGUUCAGCUUCAAGACAUUUCGGAUUUGAAGAAUCCGCACUUUAGGUAUGCGUUGUAG